UGCGCCAGCAGCAGCAGCGGGGGAGGAGGAGCCGGAGCCGCAGCCGUGCAGCGGGCUGGCCCCGCUCGGGGCCGCGCCGGCCGGAGGCUGCGCGGGGAGCGGGUCCGUGCCUGUGGGCCCCGCCGGGGUGAGCCGCAGGUCUGCAGCGAUGGUAAGGGAAGAUGUAAAGGACAGUGAAGAUUCUGAACCAUCAGUAUGUGAGAGAAAUGGCAUGAUUCCCAUGCAUGAGCAAAGCGAGGGACCAGCAGCAGGUGCCAAAGGUACUGAUGGGAAUGCACAAACAGAAGAAACUGCUCUCUUGAACCACUGCACUCAACAACCUCCAGAACCAACAGCAGGGUCUUCAGUACCUGCAAGAACAUGGAGGCAAAUAUUUGCUUGUCCUCCUCAGGGUUUACUGGCCCAAACAGUGACAAAUGUUGCAUUUGUUGUUCUCGUUUGGGCUGUGGUUUGGUCCAUAACUGGGGCUGAGUGUCUCCCAGGUGGAAAUCUCUUUGGAAUUCUGUUUCUUUAUUUCUUUGCUGUCAUCGGAGGUAAAAUUUUUGGAUUCAUUAAAAUACGAACACUGCCCCCUCUCCCUGCUCUUCUGGGGAUGCUACUUGCUGGUUUCCUAAUCCGAAAUACCCCAUUCAUCAGUGACUUUGUCCAGAUAAACCUACGCUGGUCUGCAGCACUGAGGAAUAUUGCUCUUUCCAUUAUCUUGACCCGAGCAGGACUCGGCCUGGAUCCAAAGGCUCUUAAGAAGCUCAAAGCUGUCUGUUUACGGCUUGCUUUCGGACCGUGCCUCUCAGAAACAGGCACAGCUGCUGUCCUUGCCUACUUGUUCCUGCAUUUGCCAUGGCAGUGGGGAUUUAUAUUAGGUUUUGUUCUAGGUGCAGUCUCCCCUGCUGUGGUUGUUCCCUCCAUGCUGAUUUUACAAGCUGGGGGAUAUGGGGUGGAGAAAGGUGUCCCAACUUUGCUAAUGGCAGCUGGCAGCAUCGAUGACAUUCUGGCUAUCACAGGCUUCAACACUUGUCUUGGGAUGGCUUUCUCUUCCGGUUCUACUCUGUACAAUGUGCUCCGUGGAGUGCUGGAGGUCACUGUUGGCAUAGCAGCUGGGGGAAUUCUGGGAAUGUUUGUUCGGUAUUUCCCAAGCCAUGAUCAGGCAUCUUUGGCAUGGAAGAGAUCGUAUUUUGUACUUGGACUGUCCAUGUUUGCUGUUUUUGGCAGCAUCUACUUUGGCUUCCCUGGAUCAGGAGGGCUUUGCACAUUGGUCUUAGCUUUUGUUGCAGGUGUGGGAUGGUCUGAUGAAAAGAGGGAAAUUGAAAAAAUUGUGGCAGUUGCAUGGAAUAUCUUUCAACCUUUUCUUUUUGGUUUAAUUGGAGCAGAAGUAUCCAUUACAUCUCUUAGGCCUGAAACUGUUGGGCUCUGUGUUGCUAUAUUAGGCAUUGCCCUAGUUGUGCGAAUCAUAGCAACGUUCCUGAUGGUGUCUUUUGCUGGGUUUAAUUUCAAGGAGAAGGUAUUUGUCUCACUGGCAUGGAUUCCCAAGGCCACUGUCCAGGCUGCAAUAGGUUCUCUUGCCCUGGAUACAGCAAGACGACAUCAAGAUGAACAACUGGAAAAGUAUGGAAUGGAUGUACUGACAGUAGCUUUCUUGGCCAUCUUGAUCACUGCUCCAAUUGGAGCCCUGGUUAUCGGCUUGGCAGGGCCCAGACUUCUGCAGAAGGCUCAGACAAAUAGCAAGGAGGAUGAGGAAGGUGCAGAGGUUGGAGAAGAGGCAGAGGCCUGUGAACCUUCGUAAGACAGACAACUACAGCACUCUGGUCCUUCAACCCUUACACUUCGGUUGUGUAAAUAUGGCAUGUCUAAUCUUGCUGGAGCAACCUAGAACUAUCAGUCACCCCUGCUAUUUUUAAAGCAGCCCUGGUGGAGUUCUAUAAAAUAUUUUUAUGUGA